AUGUCAGAAUCCCGUGUACUAGGGGUAGGAAUCAUCGGUGCGGGGGAAGUCUUUCAAGUGUGCCAUGGACCUUGCUUGCUGCUCUUGUCGCACCUCUUCAAGAUUGAAUCCAUCUGUGAUCUAUCCGCGACAACUGUGGAUCAUUGCGCAACAAAAUUCUUCAUCCCUCACAAGACAACCACACCUCAAGAUGUGAUCGACAACCCGGAGGUCGACGUUGUCUUCAUACUCACAUCAGAUGAAAGCCACGCCCCACUAAUUCACGCAAGUUUGAAAUCAGGCAAGAAUGUCUUCAUCGAAAAACCAGUCUCUCUCUCGUUGCCAUCUGUACAGUCUGUCAUCGACGUGGAAAAGAAUGCUCCGGGAGGCGCCCGUGUUUUCGUUGGUUACAUGCGUCGAUAUGCGCCCAGCUUUCUUGAGGCCUUCAAGAGGGAGAUUUCGUCGAUUCCUAAAAUCAUGUAUGCCCGUGUCCGUGACUUCAGUGGGCCGAAUGCCAAAUUCGUUGGUCAGAGCGGUACAUUCCCAGUCAAACAUAAUGAUUUGCCUGUGACUGCUGCCGAAGAACGUGACGUUCGCCUUGAAGCUCUUUUCAAAGAAGCAUUCCCAGGUCAGGAAAUCACGGAUGAGAAGCGGAAAUUCUGUCGGUUCCUUGGGAGCCUUGGUUCACACGAUAUCUCUCUCAUGCGUGAGGUUCUCGGAUUUCCUAAGCGUGUCAAUGGUGUUUCUGUGAAUGAUCCUUUUUACAGCGCUAUCAUGACCUUCCGGAAUAAGGAUGGCUCAACAUAUUCUACCACUUAUGAGAGUGGUAUUGACGAGGUAUCCGUCUUCGAUGCUCAUAUUGCGGUGUAUGGAGCGAAGAAGCGCGUCACUCUGAAGUUUGAUAGCCCCUAUGUGAAGGGUCUUCCUGUGUAUGUUGAGAUUGAUGAGGUGAACGAACAUGGCGAGGUUCAACACCGGAAGAUAUUGUCCUCAUAUGAGGAUGCAUACACGGCCGAGUUACAGCAGCUGUAUGAGGUCUUUGCGAAUGGCAAGACGAUUAAAUCGACACUUUUGGAUGCAAAGGAAGAUCUCAAAAUAUUUGACAUGUUUUACCAGGCAUGGAACUCCAGCUAG